AUGGAAAGCUCUACGUCUGGAGCCGGUGAUGCGACUGUUGGAGAUCGGCCGGAGAUGGACACACGAGGCAGCGUGGUCUCGUUGAAGCGAAGAGGAUCCCAAAUGACCUUGGAGCUUCGAGCCGAACGGCAGACGGGAAAGCGCAAGAAGUCUCUUCCGCUGACGUCGCAACGGCUUCCGGAAAUCAUCAAUGAGAUCGGCAUGGGACGGUAUCACUUGAUCACCUUCGUCAUUCUGGUUUUCACGCCACUGGCCGAAGACGCUGGCAUGAUUGUUAUGACCAAUAUCACGCACGCUCUCAAGCAUGAGUUUCACUUCUCAAAUUGGCAAGCUGGAAGCCUGGACGCCUUUUCCUUUUCGGGCCUGGCCAUUGGACACUAUGUGGCCGGUUUUCUCGCGGAUCUGAAGGGUCGACGCUUGCCGAUCGUUCUCGGCUACCUGGGGAUCAGCCUCGUAGGCCUCUUCAUGACGCUGGCGUCCGGCUACAAGUCCAUGGUACUCCUUCGGAUCUUUCAUGGUAUCGCAUGUGGUGUUGGAGUGCCACCAGCUAUGUCAAUGAUCGCAGAGAUCAUGCCAAGUGACUGGCGGCCUUUCAUGUUUAUCAUCUUCUGGAGCUUCACAGCCGUUGGCGAAACCUAUGCUGCCCUUGGCCUUAUCAUUUUCAUGCCCUCCUUAACCGAAAGCACAUCCUGGAAACAGGCAGUUCUGUGGUCUGCUUUACCGGCUUUUCUGAUGUUGCUUUCAUCCCUGGCGCGGCUGCAAGAAAGCGCACAUUGGUUGGCUGUGCGAGGGCAUCUUGUCGAAGCGCGAAUCGUGUUGGAACAGAUGGCCCGCAUGAACCAGAAGCUGGACGUGUUGAAGAAACUCGGGACACUGCCAGCAUGUUCCCACGAUUUGUCGAUCCUGUACAACGUGGCCGGGAUCAAUUCAAGAGGACAACACCUUGGGCAAGGAAAAGCCUUUGAACAUGCCUCACCGGCUGAAAUCAUCAGGAUUUUGCUACAACCGAACAUAUUGAAGAUGGUUGCUUUAUUCUCCGUGCUGGCUAGCACUGGUAAUAUUGAGACAUUUGGGCUCAGCAACGUUUGGCCUGAACUCUUGCGGCAUGAAGCCCAUGGAGGUCUUCAUGAAGCUGUGGGCCCUGCCGUCAAGCUCAUGUUCAUUGUGAGUGUUGGCAUACCUGUUGGUGUCCUUUGUGCAUUGAUCUCCUUAUCAAAUGCAGCAUCCCAUAAGAUUUACAUCAUGAUUGCUGGAUUCUUGGGCUGUGUUGGACUGACCUGUAUCCUUGUCUUCGAGCACUCGAGCGCCUUGCUUUUGACUUCCAUGCUCAUUACGCAUAUGUCUGGGACCUUGGAAUACUCGGUGGCGAUGAUUUGGUGCGAAGAGUCCUUUCCGACAAAGGUCCGUGCGUCGGCCACGGGCGUCGUGAUUUUCUUUGGCACUCUGUGGUCCGUCACUUCUCCUUUGCUCCUCACAGCAGUCGGUGAGAAGGGUUUCAUUCUCAUCGCUGGCGUUGCCUUUGCCAUGGCUCCUUUAGCAGCGUUGCCGCUCCAAGAGACACAUGGUGCAGAGCUGCAAGAUUUCGCGGACGAGGAGGACGAAGAGGAGGACGAGGAGGAGGACGAGAUCGAGGAAGAGGACGAGGACGAAAUCGAGAGCAGUGCACCACGACGCGACGGAAUUCAGCUCUCUUGGGCCUUCUCCAACGGGACGAUUGGCGCUGCCAUGGAGCUCUCAAUGAUUGCCGGGCUGCUGGGCGCUGUACCCGGCGUAUCGUUCACAUCUUUUUAUUCGUCCAUGGGUUUUAUCAUUCACCAAAGCAAGGACCGGAGUUUCUUCACCAAGGAGAUGCUCCUUGGGAAUGGCAUCGCAGUGGCUACACAUCUCUUCUUGCGCAGAGAGGAGGUCGAGGUCGAGAUCUCGGUCCCGUUUCAGAAACGACUCGUUUCCAUCUUCCGUCGAUUGGUCCUCUCGUCUUUGUUCUUGGCAGUGGUGAAUUUCUUCAUGGCCUUCUGCGAGAGUGAAAUGAGCAUGUUGACCUUGGGCUCUGUGCAGAGCUUUUUCAAUGCCAUCCUCUUGAAUACCAGCCACGCACUAACGAAGCCACUGAACCGCAAUGGCUCGGUACAGUUGGGUUUUCUCUCGGGGGCUCUACUUCCCAUUUUGACCAUCCCAUUUACGGGCUUUGGACCUAAGAGCUCCUUGCUCAGUCGCCUCGCCUUUUACUUGGUGCCCUCGAGUUUCUGCUUUCUCAUUGGGCUACUCAUUUGGGCAUACCAUCGCCGAGUUGCAAUGCACUUGGAGACAGCUCAAACGGAUGAUGCUGAUGCAGAUGCACCUCGAAACAUUGCAGAUUUGGCCGAAGCUUACAAGAAUUUCAAAGUGCGCAGAAACACUACAGGUCAGGCCGAUCAGAUGCAGACAAAGCACUUCUUUCUCGCCUUCCCUGCUGUCCUUUGCUAUCAAAUGUUUAGCUACUUCUUUGCAGGGCUCUUUCCAGUCCUGGCAGAUGAAACUGGCACAAAAACGUCUCCUUUAAGUCUUUAUUUGCUGAUGAUCUGUGGAGACAUGCUGGGCAGCUUCAUCGCUUUCAUUUGGACCAGCUUUUGUGAACCCAUGGAACUCGCAGCAGCUGGAGCAGCUGGAGGAGGAGCCCUACAAAUUUGCUUCAUGGCCCUUUUCCUCUUGAGCCUUCUCAGUACGACCACGGCACUCUUCCCUUCCGUCUGUGCAACACACACCACUUCGGUCCCACUUGGGCACUCGGUGGAGCCUUCGGUGAUCUUUCUGGUGUUCUUCUUUGGGAGUUUUUCCAAAGCUGGGCUCGAAGCGCUUUGCCCGCCGGUGCUUCGAGCGCGCUUGGCGGGUGUCCUCAUCGGCCUCACUGCUGUUCUCCUUUGUUAUGAGAUUGGAACCUUCUCGAAAACCACCGAGAAGGGACGCUACUAG